ACAUUUAAAUUCCCGGAUCCUUCUCACCAGUGCAACUGUGCUCAGCUUGCAGAUCUACAGGAAUCCAGGAGUUGCAGAGGAAAGUCAACACAGCUCUGGGAUCCUUGCAGCAGAGGGGUUCGAAGCUCGCCUGUGCCCAGGGGAAGGGGAAGAUGGCUUCCGGAAGCAUGUGGCUGCUCCUCCUGCUGAGCUGUGCGGCCAGCACUGAGGUUGUGGGCGGCAACAUCCUGAGACCCAGCUGUGCCUCAGGGUGGUUUUACAACAGAGCCAGUUGCUAUGGAUACUUCCGGAAGCUGAGGAGCUGGUCUGAUGCUGAGCUCGAGUGCCAGUCCUAUGGAAAUGGAACCCAUCUGGUGUCCAUCCUGAACGCAAAGGAGGCCAGUGUCAUAGCCAAGUACAUACGUGGCUUUCAAAGAAACCAGCCCGUCUGGAUUGGCCUGCGUGACCUGCAGAAGAACCAGGAGUGGCAGUGGAUUGAUGGGACCACCUACGUGAACGGAUCCUGGGCUGGCCAGCCCCAGGGUGGGAACAAGCACUGCGCUGAGGUGAACCACAGAAACAACUUUUUAACUUGGAGCAGCAAUGAAUGCAGCCUGCGCCAACACUUCCUGUGCAAGUACCAACCUUAGAGCAAGAAUCAAGAUUCUGCCAACCCUGGCACAGGCCCAUCUCCUCUUCCUUCUCUGCCACGCUGGCUAAACUGCUGUAUCUCUGAGAGUAAACCUUGCAACUAAAUGGAGGAGGCCUCUGCUGCACUGACUUCCUUGGGCAUAGAGACAGCACUGGGACAGCAGUGGCUUCUAUCUCUAAAUGUCCGCGCCACGAGCCCUUUCCCUCCUACUCUUUUUUCUCCUCCCUUCUCUCUGGCUGCCUCAAGCGAUCCAGGAGUGUGUGUCCCCAGCUGGUGACCCCAACUGGGUCUUUGGCCACAGGGAUUGAAAAUUUGAAGAUAGAAGGAGGGAAUCUGGUCCUCUGGUUCUGAACCUCCUGCCCUCUCAUUUGCCACGUCCUCCCCUUAGUCAUCUGCUUAUUUUCUCUUUUCCCGUGGGCACACUCACCAGGAAAGUCCCUGGGAGGCUGAUACAGGCCAUACGUUCUUUCAAUAAACAGCUGUAUAGA